ACAAAGCUAUAUAUUGCUCUUCCAAGCAUGUUUCACUCUCCAAGAAGAACUACAUGAUCAACAUCAAUGUAGGGGGUAAGCCCUACCAGAUAGCCUACAAAACGGCUGCCAAAUAUCCAAAGACCAGAAUAGGACGACUGGCCACCUACACGGACCACAACAUGAAGCUGGACUUGUGUGAUGACUACAUUGUGGCCACCAAUGAGUACUUCUUUGACAGGGAUCCAGAUGUCUUCCACAGCAUCUUCAACUUCUACCGGACCGGUGUGCUGUGGAUCAAGGACGAGUUGUGUCCCCGCAACUUCCUGGAGGAGAUCAACUACUGGGGCGUGAGGAUCAAGAACACCCACCGCUGUUGUCGCAUCUCCUUCGAGGAGCGGCAGGACGAGCUGAACGAUCAGCUGAAGAUCCAGAGGGAGCUGGAGGCAGAGGUGGAGAUCGAGGAGAAUGAGGAGCUCUUCCAUGACAUGUUUAUGGGCCAGAUGCGCAGAGCUAUCUGGAACUUGAUGGAGAAGCCGUUUUCAUCCGUCAAGGCCAAGCUGAUGGCGUUGGCCUCCAGCGUGUUUGUCCUGAUCUCCCUGGUGGCCAUGACUCUCAACACGGUGGAGGAGAUGCAAUACAGAACUCCCACAGGUCAGCUCAGCGGGAAGACAUACUGGGAACACGUGGAGUCCAUGUGCAUCGCCUUCUUCACGAUGGAGUUCCUGCUCCGUCUUGUGUCCACUCCUGACCUCAAAUCCUUCAGCAGGAGUGUGCUCAACGUGGUGGACCUGAUCGCCAUCCUGCCUCAGCAUGCGCAGGCCAUCUUGGAGUUCUUUGACAGUGAGGAGAAUUACAUGAAGCACGAGGCCGAUAUGCAGGCGGUGGGGCAGGUGGGAAAGCUGGGCCAGGUGUUGCGGAUCAUGAGACUGAUGCGAAUCUUUCGGAUCUUGAAACUGGCGCGACACUCCACAGGUCUGCGGGCCUUCGGCUUCACUUUGCGUCAGUGCUACCAGCAAGUGGGCUGCCUCUUCCUUUUCAUCGCCAUGGGCAUCUUCAGCUUCUCGGCCAUGGUUUACACCGUGGAGCAUGACAUGCCGCAGACAAACUUCACCAGCAUUCCUCAUGCAUGGUGGUGGGCAGCUGUCAGCAUCUCCACUGUGGGCUACGGAGACAUCUACCCAGAGACCAUACUGGGUCGUCUCUUCGCUUUCAUCUGCAUCUCUUUUGGAAUCAUCCUCAACGGUCUGCCCAUAUCCAUCCUCUUCAACAAGUUCUCAGACUAUUACUCUAAACUCAAGUCCAAUCAGUACACAGCCUCCACCAAGAAUCGAGGGAAGGUGAGAUUUUCCAACAGGACAAUGAAAAGGCUCAACCGCUGCUUUUGUCAAGAACAUUAA